CUCAAUCCAACCGAUUCCCCUCUUAAACCAAACCUCCCCUCACUCCUCACCCCCUCAAUUAACUCCCCUCCAAACUCAACGAAACUCAAAAAAUACAAGAAAUACAGGAACAAUGGUCGACAUAGUCCCCCUCUCCAGCUACCCAAGCUACAUUGACCUCCUCCCCUCCAUCCAAACCUGCAACAUAACCAACCUCCCCGAAAACUACUUUCUAAAAUACUACCUCUACCACGCGCUCACCUGGCCGCAACUGAGCUUCGUCGCCAUCGUCCGUCCCAAGAAUGGGUACUCCAAACACACAGCCCCGGGCGGGGCCACAACCGCCAGCGAGCAGUAUCCGAAGGUAGUGGGGUAUGUGCUGGCCAAGAUGGAAGAGGAGCCGACGGACGGGGUCGCGCAUGGACAUAUUACUUCAUUGAGUGUAAUGAGGACGCAUAGACGGUUGGGUAUUGCGGAAAGAUUGAUGAGGAUGUCUCAACGUGCUAUGGCGGAAUCACACCGCGCCCAUUACGUCUCGCUUCAUGUGCGUGUUAGCAACACCGCUGCGCUGCGGUUAUACCGCGAUACGCUGGGAUUCCAGGUCGAGACUGUCGAGAGCAAGUACUAUGCCGACGGGGAGGAUGCGUAUGCGAUGCGCAUGGAUCUGACGGAUAUGUGGAUGGACUGGGCGGAGAUCGAGCGGAAGGAUCGUCUGCGGGCGGAGAAGGAAGGUAAAGAUGCCGAUGAGGGUGAGGAGGUUGGUGAAUUGGGGACGGAGAAGGAGAAGGAGAAGAUGGUGAAGGUGCGGGUUGGACGUGGAUUGGGCGUGGGAGAUUUGGUGGAGAAGAAUGAGUCGCAGCCUCAGGCUUAGUGGGAGGGGGGCCAUUCUUCUCUCCUCUUUCUAUUCUUUCUUUCCUUCUCCCGUGAUAAUAUUAUUCAUGCUAGGGUGUGGUAUAGAUCAGGGGGGUUUUUCUUUCUCUUUCUGCUGGAUGUUGAUUGUCUGGUAGUUCUUCUACUUGCAUAUGUGGAAAUGAAAGAUGUAUAUGUACACUGCUUGCAAUGCAGAGUGGUGUGUGUGUGUGUGAUGCAAGUUCAUGUCUCAUUAAGCGCCAGUAUCAUGCUAACUACGGCUAAACAAAAACUUCGAAAACAUGUAGACCACAAGGGAUGGAAAGACUCGACAUGCCAUUGGCACUAUUACCCAUGAACACAUACAAAAAUGCAGAUACUCCCAAUUAAACACCGUUCCUCAUGUACCAUAUAUAAACCCCCCCCC